GUCAUAACAUCAGCUGAUAACGAAGGGACGAAGAGGUUAACUUGUUUUUGUAAUAUCUUAUAUCGAAUAUUAUCGAUUAUUAAACAGUAAAAUGACUGUAAAACCUCGAGAAAGACCUGCGGACCCAGACGAUGAUCCCGUAGAGAGUAUGUUAAAGAAAACAGGCUGCUUGGAACUACAUUAUAAAGUACAGGAAUGUAUAGCAACCACAAAGGACUGGAGGAAAUGUCAGACAGAAGUGAAUGAUUUUCGAGAUUGUAUUAACAAACACAAAAAACCUGAAGAAGUAAAAAGUUAAUUAAUCUAUA